AUUGCGGCUCCCUCCCCGGUGCGUAAACAGAGCACGGCGGCGCGUGUAUGUAUUCUUACGUGUGAGUGUGCGCGCGCCCAGCAAUGGCUCACCUAGCAGCAGCGGCAGCGGCAGUCUGCAUGUGGGCUCGAGCCGGAGUUGAAGCAUCUGGGCCGAAUUGCGCAGAGAUGCGGCGCACGUAGACGCCACAUGCGGACACGCCGCCUCAGCUCCUCCCUGAUAUCAUGAUUAAAACACCGUUAAGAUAAUUUUUGUGUUUGUUUUGAAAUGGCGGCGCUGAAGUAGAGGUGAGCAGCUCCGUUGCUCGGUCCGCUCGCCUGUCAGGGCAGUGCGCACUUUUUUCUCGCUCUUUUGCCGGCGCAAGCCGCUAACACAGAUAAAUCCGAUUUUUUUUGUUCUUUUUCUAUCGAUUACUGUACGAUGACGACGGGGCAGGAUGACAGCUCAGUCCGUGUGGCACUGAGGAUUCGUCCUCAGCUGGCCAGGGAGAAGAUAGAGGGAUGUCACAUCUGUACAUAUGUGAUGCCCGGGGAGCCUCAGGUGAUCCUGGGGAAAGACAAGGCCUUCACCUACGACUACAUGUUCGACAUGGACUCCAAGCAGGACGACAUCUACACCAGCUGCACGGAGAAGCUGAUCGAGGGCUGCUUCGAGGGCUACAACGCCACCGUCUUUGCCUACGGACAGACGGGUUCAGGGAAGACCUACACUAUGGGGACGGGCUUUGACGUCAACAUCGUAGAUGAGGAGCUGGGUAUCAUCCCCCGUGCCGUCCACCACCUCUACAAGGGCAUCGAGGAGCGCCGACAGGCUGCCCAGGAGCAGGGUCGCCCCGUACCUGAGUUUAAGAUCAGCGCCCAAUUCCUCGAGCUUUAUAAUGAGGAGGUUCUGGACCUGUUUGACUCCACACGAGACAUGAAGCAGAAAUCUCAUAUCAAGAUCCACGAAGACGCCACCGGGGGAAUCUACACAGUAGGAGUGACCACACGGACCGUGUCCUCCGAGGCUGAGAUGAUGCAGUGCCUGAAGCUGGGGGCUUUGUCUCGCACCACAGCCAGUACUCAGAUGAACGUCCAGAGCUCUCGAUCCCACGCCAUCUUCACCAUCCACCUGUGCCAAGUUCGCGUCUGUGCCUCCGAAAAUCAAGAAACUGAGACUGAUAACAGAGUCUCCAACGGAAACUCUGAGAUGGACGAGUACGAGACGCUCACAGCCAAGUUUCACUUUGUGGACCUGGCCGGUUCUGAGAGGCUGAAGAGAACCGGAGCGACGGGCGAUCGAGCCAAAGAGGGCAUCUCCAUCAACUGUGGACUGCUCGCUCUGGGGAAUGUAAUCAGUGCUUUGGGUGACCGAAGCAAGCGGGCUUCACAUGUGCCUUACAGAGACUCCAAACUCACCCGACUCCUUCAGGACUCAUUAGGAGGAAACAGCCAAACAGUGAUGAUCGCGUGCAUCAGCCCGUCUGACCGUGACUUCAUGGAGACGCUGAACACUUUAAAGUACGCCAACCGAGCCCGGAACAUCAAGAACAAGGUGAUGGUGAACCAGGACAAGGCCAGCCAGCAGAUCAGCGCUCUGAGGACGGAGAUCGCUCGACUACAGAUGGAGCUGAUGGAGUACAAGACGGGUAAACGCAUGGCGGGUGAGGACGGUGUGGAGAGCUUCAGCGACAUGUUCCACGAGAACUCCAUGCUGCAGACGGAGAACAGCAACCUGAGGGUGAGAGUGAAGGCCAUGCAAGAGACCAUCGAUGCCCAGAGAGCACGGCUCACCCAGCUGCUCAGUGACCAGGCCAACCAGACCCUCGCUAGGGCAGGUGAAGGCGGAACUGAAGAAAUUGGAAACAUGAUUCAGAAUUACAUCAAAGAGAUUGAAGACCUCAGAGCCAAACUCCUGGAAAGCGAGGCUGUCAAUGAGCAUUUGAGGAAGAAUCUGUCUCGUGCCUCCAAUCGUCAGUCGUUCUACGGAGGGCCUGGCUCCUUCUCCUCCGCGGUGCUGGCCCCCGAGAAGGAGACUUCUGACAUCAUCGAACUCGCCAAGAAAGACCUGGAGAAACUGAAGAAACGAGAAAAAAAGAAAAAGAAAAGACUCCAGCAGCUGUUGGAGGAGAGAGAGAGGGAGGAAAGGGAGGAGGUGGUGGUGGAAGAGGUUGAGGACGCCAGUGCCAACAAGGAGGAAGUUCCUGACAACGAGCAAGAAAAGGGCACGGAGAAGGAAAUGACGGAGCGAGUCAAUGAGGACGCAGAAUUGGAGGUACAGGAGGGUAGCGACCAUGAGGAAGGAGAAGAGGAAGAGGAGGAGGAUGAAGAGGAGAUGGAUGUGGAGGAGAGCUCAGAUGAUUCUGACUCGGAGUCAGAUGAAAAAGAGAACUUUCAGGCCGAUCUGGCCAACAUCACCUGUGAGAUCGCCAUCAAGCAGAAGCUGAUCGACGAGCUGGAGAACAGCCAGCGGCGUCUGCACACGCUCAAACAGCAGUAUGAACAGAAGCUGAUGAUGCUGCAGUGCAAGAUCAGGGACACCCAGCUGGAGAGGGACCGUGUCCUCCAUAACAUGACAUCAGUAGAAAGCGGCACAGAGGACAAGGCUCGCAAGAUCAAGGCUGAAUAUGAGAAGAAGCUGAGCGUCAUGAACAAGGAGCUUCAGAAGCUCCACUCGGCUCAGAAGGAGCACGCCCGCCUCUUGAAGAACCAGUCACAGUACGAGAAACAGCUGAAGAAGCUUCAGAUGGAUGUGGCAGAAAUGAAGAAGACGAAGGUGCGUCUCAUGAAGCAGAUGAAGGAGCAGCAGGAGAAGAACAGGAUGAAUGAGUCUCGCAGAAACAGAGAAAUCGCUUCCUUAAAGAAAGACCAGCGCAAGCAAGAGCACCAACUAAAGUUACUGGAGGCCCAGAAAAGGCAGCAGGAGCUGAUUCUGAGGAGAAAGACUGAGGAGGUGACGGCUCUGAGGAGGCAAGCCAGGCCCACCUCAGGUAAGGUCAUCAGGAAAGUCAAUCUCCCAGAAGCCGUCCAGGACUCCGCCCACAGACCUCCAUCUGGACGCAUGUACUCCUCCGGCAACGCUGCUCCCAACGGCACUCGGUCUUCCUACAGGCGCACAGUAGGUGUUUACUCCACCAGAGUCGCACGCAAUAAAUGGCAGUCUCUGGAGCGACGGAUCUCUGACGUCAUCAUGCAGAGGAUGACCAUCUCCAACAUGGAGGCUGACAUGAACCGCCUCCUCAAGCAACGAGAGGAGCUGACCAAGCGUAAAGAGAAGGUCAUCAGGAAGAGGGACCGGCUGGUCAGGGAGGGGCCAGAGGCAGAGAAGGCAGUGCUUCCCCUUAACGAGGAAGUGGAUGCGUUGACGGCCAACAUUGACUACAUUAACGACAGCAUUGCAGACUGUCAGGCUAACAUCAUGCAGAUGGAGGAAACCAAGGAGGAAGGCGACACAGUGGACAUCUCUGCUGUUGUUGGUUCCUGUACGCUGACAGAAGCUCGUUUUCUGUUGGAUCACUUCAUGUCAAUGGCUAUCAACAAGGGUCUCCAGGCAGCCCAGAAGGAGUCUCAGGUGAAGGUGAUGGAGGGCAGGCUGAAGCAGACGGAAAUCACCAGCGCCACACAGAACCAGCUGCUAUUUCACAUGCUGAAGGAGAAGGCCGAGUUCAACCCGGAGCUGGACGCACUGCUAGGGAACGCACUGCAAGAGCUAGGUAACAUGCCGGCUGAAAAUGGGGAUGAUAGCAGCAGUGAUGAGUCUGCCCAGAGCCCUUCUGCAGAGGGAAACACCUUGGCAUCAGAUCUCAUGAAACUCUGUGGAGACACCAAAACAAGAAAUAAGGCUCGUAGGAGGACCACCACUCAGAUGGAGUUGCUGUACGCAAACAGUGACUCCGCCCCUGACGCACCCACCGCAGACUUCUCCAGUCCGAUGCUGCCGUUAGCUGAAACACCAGACGGGGGAGGAGAGGUGGACUCGUCAGGCUCAUCAGUCAGGGACUAUACAGCUCUCUCCCCCGGCUUUUCCUCUAAAAUGGGCAGCAUUUCUGGCUCCAGAACUUCGUCAGGGGUGGAAAAGCGAGCUCCGGAGCCUUCCCCGCUCUCUCGCAGGAAGACCUACGACAAGGCACAAGCAGCUGCCGACAGGGCAAAGGUCAAGGAGAUUAAACAGAUGGAUGGAUGCCUCCACCUGUCCAACAACUGCAUCCUGCGUUCUGUUUCCCCUCUUCUCUUCUCCGAUCCACCCAAGGGCAUCAUUAACCCGGUGCCAGCCACUAAGAGCAGUCGGUCAGCGACAUUACAGUGCGUCCACGUGGCAGAGGGACACAGUAAAGCUGUUCUUUGUGUCGACUGCACUGAUGACCUUCUCUUCACCGGAUCCAAAGACCGGACCUGUAAGGUGUGGAAUCUGGUGACGGGUCAGGAGAUAAUGUCCCUGGCCGGUCACCCCAACAACGUGGUGUCAGUCCGCUACUGCUCCAGUUUGGUCUUCACUGUCUCCACCUCCUCCAUCAAAGUCUGGGACAUCCGGGACUCUGCCAAGUGCAUCCGAACACUAACGUCCUCUGGUCAGGUUAAUGUUGGGGACGUCUGUGCGUCUAACACCAGCCGGACGGUCACCAUCCCAGCAGGAGAGAACCAGAUCAACCAGAUCGCUCUCAACCCCAACGGGACGGUCCUGUACGCCGCCGCCGGAAACUCAGUCAGAGUCUGGGAUCUGCGAAGAUUUGCAUCCACAGGGAAACUUACUGGUCACCUCGGUCCAGUGAUGUGUCUGACUGUGGAUCGGUCUGGAAACAACCAAGACUUGGUGAUCACCGGGUCCAAGGACCACUACAUCAAGCUGUUUGAUGUGACUGAAGGCUCUCUGGGGAGCAUCAGCCCAACACACAACUUUGAACCUCCCCAUUACGACGGUAUCGAGUCACUGGUGGUCCAGGGGGACAUUUUCUUCAGCGGCUCUCGAGACAACGGCAUCAAGAAGUGGGACCUGGACCGCAAAGACCUGCUGCAGCAAGUCCCGAACGCCCACCGUGACUGGGUUUGUGCGCUGGGUGUUGUCCCCGGCUCCCCGGCCCUGCUGAGCGGCUGCAGAGGUGGGGUGCUCAAGCUGUGGCACACGGACACACUGGGGACUCUGGGGGAGCUGAAGGGUCACGAGAGCCCCAUAAACAGCAUCUCUACCAACAGCAGCCACCUCUUCACUGCCUCCGAUGACCGGACUGUGAAGAUCUGGCGUGCACGUGGUGGACUGGACAGCACCUUAGAAGCGGUUGACAAUGUGGACGAGGUGGCCAGUAACUGAACACAGCGCCACCUGCUGGGUUUGACUCUGGAAGGACACUAACAGCAUUUUCUGAUGCUGCUGCCCUGCACUUUGACCCCUAACUUCUCAAGCCCACUGCUGAGUCCUAAAACACAUACCUUCCAUGCCAUGUAACCUUUAUGACUGAGCCAACAGGAAAGUAAUCACAUCUCAACAUUAAACUUGCACGAUAAUUCUUUUCUUAGAGUCUGUAUGUUCAGAGAGUCGUGCUAAUCAGUUGUAGUUCACUGUAUUGUUAAUGACUCUUUGCAGCAUAAACUCAACUUUUUCUCUUUUGCGCUGUAGACGAUAGGUCAACGUGGAUCAUGAUAACAACUUGUACUCACAAGACGUUUAUUUAAGAGUUGAACACGACCAACACACUCAUAGAAAAUAUCUCUGCUGCUCAGCUCUGUUCAGCGCUGUGCCAGGAUAAAGUACACCUGCAGACACACAAUUACCCUGGAAAAGGGUAGCAGUGUGUUUUAACAGACAGGAAGUUGAGUGUUAUAGGAGAAAAAUGUGGCAGAGCUAACAGGUUGGUAGCUGGUCUUCGCAACCCAGUUCUCCGGUUUCUUGGGAUCGUUGCACUCGAAGCAGAACCAAUGUCCCCGCGCUCUUUUCCCCCUCCCCAAAUAACAAAAGUGGCUUUACUGUAUGUGAAAAAGACAAAUCACCGUUCCCCUUAACUUUUCUCUCCUGCUUUUGUGCUCCUCCCUCCUCAAUUUCUGCAGCUGUUUAAAAUCAGCGACCAAAAUUGUGCAAACUUGUCGUCUUUGCUGUCCUGCACUGCACUCGUGAACAGAACACACUUUACAGUAACAGUCCCACUUAAAGCAAAAGUUCGACAUUUUUGGAAAUACGCUCAUUUGCCUUCUUGCUGUGAGUUUGAUGAUACACAUCUCUCUGUUAAAUAUAAGGCUACAGACAGCAACUGGUUAGCUUAGCUUAGCAUAAAGACUGGAAAUGGGGGGGAAACAGCUAGCCUGGCUCUGUCCAACUGUAACAGAAUCUGACUACCAGCACCUCUAGAGCUCACUAAUUAACGCAUUAUGUCUUGUUUGUUUAGUGCGUACAAAACCAAAAGGUAAAAAUGACAAUUUUAUUUCCUUUCACAACUUAUACUUUGGAGGUGCAGCUAGGCAGAUUUUGUUACCUUCAGCCAGAGCCAGGCUAGCUGUUUCCCCCUGCUUCCAGUCUUUAUGCUAAGCUAAGCUAACUGGCUGCUAGCUCAACAGUAGCUGCUAUCAAUCUUCUCAUCUAACUCUGGCUGAAAGUGAAUAAGUGUAUUUCCCAAAAUGUCAAACUAUUCCUUUAACUCUUGAGCACUUGUGAAAACUUACACCAUUAGUCUUUGAAAUACACUUACUCCUUCUUGUAUUUUAGGAUAUUCUGCACUUGUUGUCCAUGUUGUUUCAUCGUAUGUAAAAACGUAUGUUCACUCUUCACAUGUUGCAGUUAGCACUCACUGAAACUACACUACUGAGUUGUUGUCUAACUCCCAUGCUGCUAAGCAGUGUGCUCACCUUCUUCAACCCUAUAAGAGGGCUUCUUGUCAUGGACUCUGGGUGAGGUUCGCUCAGUGCCGAGCAAUGUGUAUGUAUAUAUAUGUAAUAGUAUCUUUUUGUUUUUGGAGAGGAGAGGCCUUCAGACUCCGCCAGUGUUGUGAGCCCCAACCAUGUCGACCGACGUCUGUCUCCCAGUUCAGAUCCUUCUGGGGCCUUCCUGGAGACACUCGUGGUCUCCCUGAUGUAGCUGAUCUGUCUGUCGCGAUUGUGUGCUGUCACUUUUGAAUGUUCGGUGAAACAGCAGUUGUAAGCAUUAUUGGAGUACAUAUCUAAUGUAUUUAAACAAUGUAUUUAAAAAAUAAAAAUAAAAAUCUGACUGAAUGUUAGUUUUGUGGGACCACCGAUCUGAACGCAGUCUCUCACGAGAGUCGAGAGGACCAGGAUUGGCAGGAAGACUUGACGAGCUGCAUUAAAGCUGUAGACGGAGCCUCACCUCCAGUGAGGUGGCAGGUUUUGUUUAGUGGCCUACGGAUAGUUUAUUUUUCUUCUUCUCUGUUUUGUUUAUGCUGUCCCUGUUCCACAUAUCCUGGGCGUUCCCCCUCUGGGGUUUUAGUAGCCAUUCUCAAAUGACGGACUCUGUAGCGAUUCUAAUGUCAGAUGCCCGGUGAGAAUAAACGUCAUCUGUCAAAAACAA